UCUACAAACAGAGGAAGUGGAUAAAAAAGGUCGAUAUUUAUUCAUCAGCAUCAGACUUCUGAUACCUGCGGGGCAAAGUCCCUCCUCCCUCCUCAGUGCCCGCAGCUGGUUCCACACCGGCGGGCGGCACUUUCCUCCAUGACCCGCAAGAGAUGAGGAGAUCUGCAGUCCCCAGAGGGUCUCUGCUGCUGCCGCCGCCGCUGCUGCUGCUGCUGCUGCUGCUGCCGGCCCACAGCACCCAGGGAUACAAGCCUGUCAUCAUCGUGCAUGGCCUUUUCGAUGGACCCAAGCAGUUCAAGACCUUGACACAUUUCAUAACCAAGCUCCAUCCAGGCACCGAGGUCUCCGUGAUCGAUCUGUUCGACAACCUGGCCAGCCUGAAGCCCAUGUGGAGGCAAGUCAGAGGCUUCAGGAAUGCCGUCUACCCCAUCAUGCAAAAGUCGCCCGAUGGCGUCCACCUCCUUUGCUUUUCACAAGGCGGCCUGAUUUGCCGAGCGCUCCUCUCCACUAUCCCAGACCACAACGUCCACACCUUCAUCUCUCUCUCGUCACCUCAGGCCGGCCAGUACGGAGACACGGACUAUCUGAAGUGGGUUUUUCCUGACCACAUGAAGAGCACAGUAUUUCACAUCUGCUACAACAGAUUCGGACAGAAAGUGUCUAUUUGCGACUACUGGAACGACCCUCACGAGAGAUCCCGCUUCCUGCAGAGCAGCAGCUUCCUGGCACUCCUCAACGGUGAGAAACCGCACAUUGGGAUGACAGCCUGGCGGGAAAACUUCCUGCGCAUCAGGAAGCUCGUGCUGAUUGGUGGACCAGAUGAUGGCGUCAUCACACCGUGGCAGUCCAGUCAUUUUGGAUUCUAUGACCGCAACGAAAACAUUGUCGCCAUGAGGAAACAGGAGUUUUACACCAACGAUACUUUCGGGCUGAAGACCCUGGAUGCCCGUGGCGACGUGUCGGUGUGUGUGCGCGCAGGAGUGCAACACACUUCCUGGCACUCCAAUUACACCGUGUUCAACAGCUGCAUAGAGAAAUGGCUCACAUGACAACACACACACACACAGUUAGAUUCAGUCUUAUCAAUGUCAUUGCAAUGUAUUAUCCAGCUGAUGUACCAUAUGUCUGAUCAAUACUGGCUGCACACAGAGGCACCACCAUAUGUCUGUCAGUGUCAUGCACAUACGUUUGUACAGACACACACAAAAGCACACACAAAAGUUAUAUUUUGCUUUCUACAUUUAAGAAAAAAGUUUUUUUUAUUUCAAUGAUCCAUUUUACUUUUGCACAGGCACUCUGAUUUUGUAUGUGAUGCGGCUUCUCUCAGUAUUUGCUUGCUUUCAGCAUCUCCUGAUGCAUCGGCUGCAACAAAAAGGGACAGACAGAAAAGCAGAGAUGGUGCUGUAAAAGAAGCCUUUUAGAAAUGCUCUCCGUGCAAUCAUGAUCAAAUGCUCCUUUAUAUCAUGGGUAAUUUCAGCCUUGUAGUACAACCAAACAAACACACACAUCAACUGUGCUGAUAAUUCCCAUUGAACGUGGCCAGCCACAUCGUAGGAUAACAUCAACAGCAGUCAAAGUAAGCUAUUACAGCCCCCGGUGUACUUUUGUGGUGCUGGAAAUCCUUUGAGAAUAUAUGAA